GAUUGUAAACCCGGAGUCAGGAUUCAGAUCACCGUGCAGCGAUUAUAAACAGCAGAAUCUCCUGGUGAAACUAAGAUGGCUGAGCAAACACAGGAUGAUUAUAUCUGGUGUGAGGAGUGUGCUCAGUACCAUAACUCCGAGUGUCCUGAACUGGGUCCAGUCGUUACCGUCCGGGAUUCGUUUGUGUUGAGUCGAGCGCGCUCGUCUCUGCCCAGCAGUCUGGAGAUCAGGGUGGUGAGAGGAAAAACAGAGGGGGUGUUCGUCCUCCAGAAACUGGUUAAGAGGACACGCUUCGGUCCAUUCGAGGCUAAACAUGUUCAACAGCUCAGCGCAGACACGCCCUUUCCUUUAAAGAUCUUCCACGGCGAUGGUACUGUGGUGUGUCUGGACACGUCGAACGAGGACGACUGUAACUGGAUGAUGCUGGUCCGACCCGCGACCGAUCAUAAGCACCAAAACCUGACGGCGUAUCAGCAGGAUGACGAGCUCUACUUCAACACCUCACAGGACGUGUUACCCGGGGCGGAGCUGAGGGUUUGGUACGGAGCGUUCUACGCUAAGAAGAUGGAGAAACCUGUACUGAAACCUCCCGCCAUUGCUCCGCCAUCAAGAGGGGUCGUAUCUGGAAAGCCAGCGUGCACUCAGGAUAAAAGCGCCACGCCGACACCGCCUGCCAGCAGAGAGACCGAUGGAGAUCAGCAGCUCAGUCCACCUGUGGUUUCCUCACCUGUCCAGCAGGUGGCAGUAGUCGUCUCCUCUCAGACUACCUCUCCACCUGCACCAGCCCGAGCCAAAAAACGGCUGAUCCGACUGCGCAAAAAGAAACGACCCAAACCUGAAAUCAGCAAAGAUCCUCCUGCUCCAGAUGUUCCAGCUGUGGAGGCUGAUGGGGACGACGUUCCCCUCAAACCAGUUAAACCAGUGCGCUGCCACGUCAUGUCGGGGAAGUCUGCUUUAAGGAGGCGGCUGUUGAAGAGUGGGGAUCAUAAGCGAGUGUAUCAGUGUGUUCUGUGUAAUAAAGUGUUUCAGAACAGCAGCAACCUGAACCGACACGUCCGGUCUCACGGUGAUAAGCUGUUUAAAUGUGAUGAAUGUGAUAAGAUGUUCAGCCGUAAGGAAAGUCUAAAACAGCACAUCUCCUACAAACACAGUAAAAACCAGCCGGAUGUGGAGUACAGGUACAAGUGUUCCACCUGUGAGAAGUCAUUCCGGGUGGAAAACGCCCUAAAAUUUCACAACUGCAGGACAGACGAUAAGACGUUUCAGUGUGAGAUCUGCUCCAGGUUCUUCUCCACCAACAGCAACUUAUCCAAACACAAGAAGAAACACGGAGAGAAGCUGUACGCCUGCCAGGUCUGCAACAAGAUGUUCUACCGUAAAGACGUGAUGCAGGACCACCAGAGACGCCACAGCCUGGGCUCGAAAAACAUGAAGAGAGAAGAAAUGGAGAUAAACGGAGAUGAAGGAACUAAAUACAGGAAAGAACCGUCGGCGUGUCCCAUCUGCGGCAAGGUCUUCUCCUGUCGCAGUAACAUGAACAAGCAUCUCCUGACUCACGGGGAUAAGAAAUACACCUGCGAGAUCUGCGGCCGCAAGUUCUUCCGCGUCGACGUGCUGAGGGAUCACAUCCACGUUCACUUCAAGGAUAUCGCUUUAAUGGACGAGCAGGAGCGCGAGAGCUUCAUCAGAAAGAUCGGAAUAUCCAUGGAGGACAGCGAGGGGAACUCUGAUGAGGAGGACGAGAAGGACGACCCCGAGCAUCACAAAUACAGCUGCAAGAAAUGCCAGGUGACGUUCGCUAAAGGCCGCGAUUACCUGAAGCACAUAAUGGAGAUCCAUAAAGAGCGAGGCUACGGCUGUGUGAUCUGCAACCGCCGCUUCGCUCUCAAAGCUACGUACAACGCUCACCUGGUGAUACACCGGGAACAGCUCAUAGACCCCGCCGUGCAGAGGUACAUCCACCCGUGUGAAAUGUGCGGCCGCAUCUUCAACAGCAUCGGAAACCUGGAGAGACACAAGAUCAUCCACACAGGGGUAAAGAGUCACAGUUGUGAUCAGUGUGGAAAGUCAUUUGCGAGGAAGGACAUGCUGAAGGAACAUCUGAGAGUUCAUGACGACAUCAGAGACUACCUGUGUGCUGAGUGUGGGAAAGGUAUGAAGACCAAACACGCCCUGCGCCACCACAUGAAGCUCCACAAGGGCAUCAAAGAGUACGCGUGUAAAGAGUGUAACCGAAAAUUCGCUCAGAAGGUCAACAUGCUCAAACACUACAAGAGACACACGGGUAUAAAGGACUUCAUGUGUGAGCUGUGCGGGAAAACCUUCAGCGAGAGGAACACCAUGGAAACACACAAGCUCAUUCACACAGUGGGGAAGACCUGGUCGUGUUCGGUGUGUGAUAAGAAGUACGUGACGGAGUACAUGCUGCAGAAACACGUCCAGCUCACCCACGAUAAAGUGGAGGCUCAGAGCUGCCACCUGUGUGGAACUAAAGUAUCGACACGAGCCUCCAUGAACCGCCACGUCCGCCGUAAACACCCCGAGGUGGUGGCGGUGAGGAUAGAAGAUUUCGUGGAACUUGAAGCGCCGACGAUCGACGCCUCGUCCAUCGACAUCCAGCAGAGCCCUCUCCCCACAGUGAAACCCCACAGACACUCGGCUCCGGUGAAGAAGAAGCAGAAGCUGCAGGAGUCACUUCUCACUCAUUCAGACGGUUACCGAGAGUUCACCGGGAAAACCGACGACUUCACCACAGCAACAGCAGCAGCGGUGACCACGGCAACGGGGGGAGACGAGACCAACUCGGCCGUGCAGAAUUUACAACAGGUGGUGGUCCUGACAGACCCCAGCGCCCCUCACACCACUUCCACAGUAAAUCUAACCAACAUCAAGUUGACGCCCAUCAGCACGGCGCCACAGUUCACCAGCCUGCAGCCCGUCAGCGUGGAACCCCCUCUGACCCUGGACAGCUCCAUCCUCACCGUCACCUUCGACCCUGUCAGCAGCUCUGGGGUGCAGGAGGGGGGGAGCGCUCAGUCCGUCACUCACUUCGUCAACCUCACGACCCUGGUUAAUCCCAUACCUCAUAACCUGGAGGCCUGGAGACCUAUCGGCGGCACCGCUGAUGCCGGUCAGGUGACCGCAGACACGGCCGGCGCUCAGGACCCCCACGAUCCAGCGGACUCUGAUACGCAGCUUCAGCAGUCGUCAGAGAGCGUGAUCGGGCAGAACCAUCAGAUCCAGCCUCAGGCUUCAGGGCCGACGCCCUCUCCAGCUGCUGCAGCACCCCAGAUGUUCAGCUACUGAGAGAGAACGUGAACAUCAGCGGUGCUCUAACAAACAUCUGAACCUCUGAAGGCAACGACGUCCACAUCCAGUCAAAAGCAAACGUGUUGGGUAGAGCAGCUUUAAUAAACGAGAGAAUAUUAGAAGCUAGGGCUCGCACGAUAUAUCAGUUGGGCAGUAAUAUCAGCGGAUAUCAUGAUUUUUAUAAAUAUAUUGGUACAAUAUAGUGGUGCAAAAAAGUGUUCACUCUUUCACCCAAAAUAAAACGAAUCAGGCCCAGAAUAAACAGCUAAUGUCUCUUUAAAGCUGCAGUAUGUAAAAUGUAUGUUUAAAAUGUAAAAUUGAGUCAGUAAAAACACAAUAAGCUUUUUCUUUAGGACCAAAAUAUUAUCAGGGUCCUGAGAACACAUCCCAACUAAAUUCCUCAACACGUUACAAUCAGUAAACUGUUAAUCUGCUCAUUUUAACAUGUUGUUUUGCUGCUAUGAAUUUUUAAUGUUUAUUUAAGUGCAUAUAUUUCUGGCUGCACUCCUGAACGUUUAUUUUAAUCAUGUUUUGGUCCCCGAAUCCACUUUUAACAGUUCAGACACUGUUUUAGGGACAGGAUUGCAUUUACUCACAAAAACAGAGUCAGGUCACGUCCCGAAUGUGUGUCCCAGUGGAGCAGCUUUGAGAUUCAUACAAAUCCACACAAAAAUUCAUUUUAUUUAAAUCUUUUAUUUAUUACUGCAAAUGUUCUCAUAAUCUGUGUUGAAUGAAGCUAAACCGAAGCUAAACUGAUGCACUAAAGCACCAGUGUUUGUUCAUUUAUACUGUCUUUUGCAACAGUUUUAACACCCCUGCUCAGAUGUAGUAUGCAGUAUAUAUAUAUUUUUUCAUUUUAAAUGAAUAAUGGGGGCAAAUUUGCCAUGUUGUCACACAGUUGCUGCUUAUUUGCUGGAUUUAACAUAUUUAAAAAAAAAAAUAAAGCACAACAUGUGGCGUGUGCAAAAGUCCUGGAAGAUGUAUUAUUCAUGUUCCAUUUCCCCUCACUAUGUUACAUCUAGUAAAUAAAAAACUGUACACACACUAUCACUAAAGUGUCAUAAUGAAGCUUUUCUAGAUGUGGUUACAAGGAAUAGAAUGUGAGCAGGGGUGUGUAAACUUUUGCACAAACCUGUUUAUACCUUCAGUAAGAUAUCAGCUGAUAUUAUGGAUGAUCAGAAUGUGCUGUUUAUUACAUUUGGAUUCGAGUAUCAUUAAUGGAACAGGCUGAACCUGUUCUGGAGAAUAAAGUGUUUGUGCUGCUCACCUCAUGAACUUCUCUGACACAAACCAAAGCUGGAUGGACGUUUAUUUUUGGAAACGCUGAAUCCAGAAAAACUGGCAUGAGUGUAAAUGACAGAUAUAUGAGCGAGGGGGGUGAAAACUGGAAACCACUUCAGAUACUGGAGAUAAAUACUGAACUGUUUGGUAAAAAUGAUGUUUGAAUGAAAUGGAAUGAAUGAAAAAAAUGAGAUUGUGAAUCUUUUAUAAUGAUUUUUUGUAAAAAUCAGCUCGCUUGCUAUUAAACAGGA